AGCGCAUCCGUACCAAGUUGGGCUAACUUUUCCGAAUUGGGCUUGGCUGAUCCUUUAGUAACGACUUGCCGGCAGCUCGGAUUCAAACGCCCGACUCCUGUGCAGCGAGUGAUAAUUCCCUAUUUGUUGCGCCACGACGAUGUACACCUUCUCACGCUAGCAGCCACAGGGUCGGGCAAGACGGCAGCCUUUGUAUUGCCCAUUCUUCACCGUCUCGCGCCAGACCCGUACGGAAUUUUCGCUGUUAUAUUGACACCGACCCGGGAAUUGGCGAAGCAAAUUCAUCAACAAGUAUUAGCGCUCGGAAGCAGCGCGUAUAACGUUCAAUCGGCGCUGGUUGUGGGUGGUUUGGAUGCGACUCGACAGAGUCUCGAUCUGGAUCGACGUCCGCACUUUUGUGUAGCCACUCCCGGUAGACUGGCAGAAUUGCUACGCGGACCGCGACCGCCCAUGCUCAAGCAUGUUCGCUACAUGGUGUUGGACGAAGCCGAUCGGCUUUUGGCACCGGGCAGUGGAUUCGAAAGGGAUAUCUCCGAAUUGCUGCUACAUUGUACAACUAGCCCGACGCUUGCAGCAGUUGACGGUGCCACUGGUCGGGAACGGCGACAGACGUGUCAAACGUUGUUGUUUAGUGCAACCAUGACCCGAACAUUAGAAAGCGUGGAAGAAAUGGCCGGUGCCGGUCUAGGUCGAUUGCCGUUGAAGAAGUUUGUCAUCCACGAAGGAUUGGGGACCAACGAGCCAAGAUCUAAAAAAAAGUAUGUGUUUAUGCCGUCGAGAGUUCGCGACGCCUAUUUGCUCACGGCAAUACGUGAGCUUAUGGCCAACGGAGGACCCACCAAGGCGCGGUCCGCCAUCAUUUUCGUGUCAACUUGUGAAAGAGCUGCCUUCGUAUCAGGAAUUUUGGCACAAGUUGGUGUUGACAACGUAGCUUUGCAUUCCUUAUUGUCGCAGAAUCGCCGUCUAGCCUCACUCGCCAAGUUUAAAUCUCAGCAAGUCCGCGUACUUGUUGCCACCGAUGUGGCUUCUAGAGGACUUGACAUUCCUUCCGUUGAUUUAGUGUUGAACUCCGAACUACCGCGCAAUGCUAUUUCAUACGUUCAUCGAGUGGGACGAACAGCUCGGGCUGGACGCCGAGGCCGGGCCAUCAGUUUUGUCUCGGAAGCCGACGUAGCUUUGGUACAUGCGGCAGAAAAAGUGUCGGGUAGGGUCCUGGAAAAGUGCGGGGAUGUCACCGACGAAAUGGCAAUCAAAUUACUGGGACCAGUGGCCAAGGCGGCUCGGUUGACCAAAAUCAAGCUCAAUGAUAUUGGCUUUGACGAACUCGUCCAGAAGUUUAAGGAGCGCAAGGUACGGGAUCGUAAA